GCGCCGUACUGACAGUGGCAGUGCGCAGGCGCAGUUCCCGGCUCCCAGCGGCGUGUUCCUUGUUCCCCAGGUUCCCAGCGUCCUGGCAGGUGGACGCCGAGUCUUCCAAGUCCGCCUCCGGCCGCGGCUUGUCUUGUGCUCCAGUCCCUAACUUCGCAGCCCCUCAGCUCCCGGGGCAGCUGCUGUGGCCCGGACGCCUCCACCGGCGACAGACCCAUGGCCGAGCGCGGGGAACUCGACCUGACCGGCGCCAAACAGAACACCGGAGUGUGGCUGGUCAAGGUUCCUAAAUAUUUGUCACAGCAGUGGACUAAAGCCCCUGGAAGAGGUGAAGUUGGGAAACUGCGGAUUGCCAAGAAUCAAGGAAGGACUGAGGUGUCAUUUACUUUGAAUGAGGAUCUUGCAAAUAUUCAUGAUAUCGGUGGAAAACCAGCUUCAGUCAGUGCGCCUAGAGAACAUCCAUUUGUCUUGCAAAGUGUUGGAGGACAGACAUUAACUGUAUUUACUGAGAGCUCAUCAGAUAAGCUUUCAUUGGAAGGAAUAGUGGUACAAAGAGCUGAAUGCCGACCUGCUGCCAGUGAAAACUACAUGAGAUUAAAGAGAUUGCAAAUAGAAGAAUCUUCUAAACCCGUAAGGCUAUCACAACAACUGGAUAAAGUAGUGACAACCAAUUACAAACCUGUUGCUAAUCAUCAAUACAAUAUUGAAUAUGAAAGGAAAAAGAAAGAAGAUGGAAAACGAGCUCGAGCUGAUAAACAACAUGUUUUAGACAUGCUGUUUUCGGCUUUUGAGAAGCAUCAGUAUUAUAAUCUUAAGGACCUGGUAGACAUCACAAAACAGCCUGUGCUGUACCUGAAGGAAAUCUUAAAAGAAAUUGGUAUUCAAAAUGUAAAAGGGAUCCACAAAAACACAUGGGAGCUGAAGCCAGAGUACAGACAUUAUCAAGGAGAAGAAAAGAGUGAUUAAGAAGACUGUAAACCAGCACACUAACAGAACAACUAAAGGGUGAUGUGCUAAACAAACGGCAUUGAUCCGUGAAUCCUUGAGUACCAUCUGUUAUAGGGGUAAAAUGACUGGUACUUUAAUUUCUCUAGGUAAAUUUUUUAAACCUAUAAUUCUUAUAAAGUUACUUAAGUGUUUUUUGAGGAGAAAGAACAAAUUUAUUUAUAGACUUAAUUUGUUAUUAAACCAGAUUAUUCAUGAUGGGAUUAGGGUUUGGGGGGUUAAGAGAGUUUUUCUUUUUAAAUAUUAACUUUUAAAAUGUAAAAUUAGGAAAUGUUUUCUAAAUGUGGACUCUCUCCUUGUUUUAUCUCUGAGGAGCUGAGGUAAUACAGAUCCAAAGUGAAUGGCACAGCAAGAAAAAAUAGUCAACUACAGAAACUCUUAAAAGAAAUAAAAACCCAAAGUUCCUUAUUCUGAAA